AGGACCAAAAUUCGGGAAAGAAAAUAUAUAUAUUACCCAUGUUGUUGACUCGUUAUUUGUGUGUGUCGCGAUUUAGAAAGCCAUACUGAACACGCCGUUAGUUCCCUACAAAGCGAACAAACCCGUUAGUUGCUAUUACCCUACCCUAAUACUUGUGUACCGGCUAGCUCGAGCGCCACCCGGUGCGUAUUCAAGGAGUAUCCCUCGUCCCGACGCGGCCCAUGUGGGACCGCUGACAUCCCAGCGGCUCGAUGGGCGGAGAAAAAAACGACCAUGGAGCUGAGCGACCAGGACCACAGAGUAGAAGGAGCUCAGUGUUUGCGCUCCCGACACGGGGCGCGGACUGGGCUGCGACAAGGCGCUUGUCCAUUGGGAAGAUAAUUACGUCACCAAAGUUGGGGGUGUCUUUGACGAAUAGCCCAGCAGGCGCAGCAUCUUCAGGGUCGUCGAAGAAGAUUAUACAGAAGAAGAAAGGAGACCCUAUCUUCGGCGAUUUCCCCCGGCGACCUGCGCUUCUUGUCCCACCUAGUGCCACGACGACCCGUGGCACGGCGCCUGGACCGGCCGCAGCUCCCAGAGCUCUCUCGCCGUCAUCUGUACUAGCGAGUGGAUGUUCACGAAGUAAAAUCAGCGUUGAGCUGGUGCUACCGCCGGAUGGACUGCUUCGUGCCGCCGCGACGAACGCCGCCCACCAUCGGGCCAAGGUGGAUCGGGUGCUUGCGGAAGGCGAAGCACUAGAGGGGGAACACCCGCCUGUUGCUCCGUUGCACUUGAUUUCUGAAGGCGAGGAGGAUGAGGAAGAGGGCCAACAUGAUGAAGGCAAAAAUGGAACAAGCAUCAACUCCGCUGUGGACAAACUGUUCGAGACUUUGAACAAGAAAACGGAGGUGCGCGCGGAACGAAGACGUCAAAUAAGUCAGGCGCGGAGAGUGAGUCUGGUUGUCGAUGACGGAGAGAUUCGCGAAAAGUCUUUGGAAGCGACAGAGGUGGAGAAGCAGAAAAAAAUCGAGGAACGGACAGGCAUCAGCUACGAGUAUGUCACGGGUCUGGUCGACAAACUCUACCGCGCGAAGGAGCUUCGCGAGGAAUCCGAGGCCGAACAACGCAGACAUCGAGAAGCACGCGUCGGCCACGAAAUCGGACUUCCGGGCAGCAGGAGAUCAUCCACUUCGCCGUCUGGUGGUGGCAGCUCCCUUUCUCGCCCGCCUCCGGAAUUGCGGAGAAGUCCGUCGGAAAGUACUAGUCGCAGACGAGCAGCAUCAUCUUCCAAGACGAUCAUACCUACUAGCACGACCUCUUCACCGGGAGCCAAAGCAGAGGACACCUUUGCGUUUGUCAGGUCCCUGUCGGGAAGAGAGGAGGUGGCGAAUAAGGAUGAAACCGAAGGUCGUCGUGAGGUACUAAACGACCACUACCCAUCAGCUGCGGUAGAGGCCACUACCGCAGCUGACGACAGGAUCAUAGGCACUACGACGGCCGAGUCCUCUGCCCCAAGUAGCGUCCAAAAGACUUCUUACCAAAGCAGGGGAGCUUCUACCUCCUACACAGAACAGAGACACGACGCCAUUAGAAGACACGUAGAGGAGAACAUGAAUACCAGAGAACUCUAUGCGGCUGCGUCUAAGGUCAUUCAUGAGAACGAGGGCGCGCACAAGGAGGAUCGCCGGCGCAACGAGGAGGAUUUUGCGAGGCUGCUGGAAAAGAACCCCCGACCUUCUGCGCCGCCCCCCAGCAACACACCGGCACAGCGCGACAAUGGACGCGGCCGACGUUUGUCGCAUAAGAUACGGAAAUCCGCAAUAACAGCCGGCGACGACGAAAAAAAUAAGAAGAGCAGGGCCAGUUUCCGCCUCAGCAACAAAAGUGACAAACAUCCAGUAGUUCAUGUGAGUGCCACAGGGGUGGACAGUAGGCAGGGGCGUUUCGCGGAAGGCGAACGUGCGGUUUCUGAGGUUGAACAACCGGAGCAGGUUGUAGAAGGCGGGGCAAAGAACUUAGGCGACGCACAGCCACGACGACCCCCGGAUCAUCCGAAUGACACUAAAAACAACAGAACUCGGUCGACGUACGCAGACAAUAAAGAGGUCGAAAUAAAAUCAGCCCAACGAGUCACGAAGAACCCGGAUCAAUAUGGCACCGACGAGCACGAAGACUUCCUUGCCAACGCUGCCAUGCGUGUUGCGAAUAACCUGUACGCUGCCGGAGCAGCACCAGCCGGCGCUAUACCUGAGGGCGAAGCGGUGGCUUAUGGUGCUACUGCACACCAUUUCACCUCGCGCGCCCUGGACUUCAACAAGAUGUUCCGACAGCAACAGAAGCCCGUGGCGACAAUCUUCGACCCGGGGUACGGAGCCGUGAAAGGUACCAUGAUGGGAAACGGAGCCGUGUACGGCGGAACGCAGUUGGCGCCACCCAUCAGAGGUCAAUCGAUCCACCUCGGUGCGGACGGAAAGAUACAGAGUGUCGGCCCGGCCGCCACGACGUCCAUGCAUUCACACACGGUCACCCCCGAUGGCAAGGCGUACAAUUUUCGCGCGGAGUACGACUUCGCGCCGACGACAAGCACGAACGGCCGCGCGACCUCCUUCCAGACGAUUUCGUCCGAUCAGGUAGUUCAUCGAGGCAGUAUGGUGAUGUCCUCGCAGUAUGAGCGCGACUCUGCCGGUCUUGCGAAUACCACGUUUGGGGGCGGGUACAUACAAUCCCGGACAUCGGCGUCAAUUGCCCCUCCGGGUACGUACGGUGCGGGGGGCGGGAUGUACAACGCAACUCGAUCCCAAGCACGCCCAGCAUCGGGGGUAGUUGUUCCAGCAAUUCCAAACUUUUCCGCAGCAGCUGCAUCUUCGCAGGCCCGCCUUCAUUCUUCGCGCUCGCAGACUCCAGAUUUCUCCCAACUGUCGUCCUCGCGCAGCACGCAAAACACGCCGGCUUCUACUUCGACCCGAGGUCGUCGUACGACAAUGCAAUUGCCAUCGAUGCAAACGACGUAUCCGAACAUACCCGACCUGGCGUCGAAGUCGCUGUAUUCGGCUGUAGCUCGGGGAACGACGGGCGCCAGCACCCGCGGAGACGGCGCUUCGCGGCUUACGACGCAACACAUAAUUCAGACAACGCCGCUCUCAACGUCUUCCGCCGGCUCGUCUACUUCACGAAGUAGUCGCCGGGGUCGUUCUCACCGACGGAGACUACACCGACUCAGCGACCGCGGGAUCGCUGACGAGGAUCUCAGUAGCGAUGACUCCUCGAGAUCGUCCCAAAUAACCGCCUCAAGCAGGAGCACCAGCCGCCCGCGCAGUCAUCGGAGUGGCCGUGCUUCGUCUCGUUCUCCGCGUCUGCCUAGCUACCGACACACUGGUACCGUGCGGACCGGGCCGAAUGAAGUAGAGACACGUGGCGAGUAUGUGGACGACGACGGAACGCCCCGCUACCACCACCACCGCCGGCGACAUCACUCCAGCAGGCGCGAAUCACAGGCGUCGCGAAGGCCAUCUGUUUCACCUCGAGGGGGCCAACCGGGAGGUUACGGCACCGGUAUGGCCGCGGGCCCAUGGAUUAUUGCGGCGCUGCCGACCGCAUCACCCUUUGGAGGGGGAGGAGGUGUGUUUCCGACGUUCCUGAACAAUCCUGGCUUCAGUGUUAUUUCAGCCGCGCAGCAAACUGCAGCUCUGGGGCCGUCUGGCCUCGGAGCAGCCCUGAGUGGAUUUUCCGGGGGGACGGGUCAGGUCGCAGCAGGGUUAGACGCAAGCAGUCGUGUACUAGAAGGUACAGCACGCAGUCCUUCCAACUUAGGUGCAGCUACGCCCGUCCAGGCUGUUCCACCAAUGCCCCCCAUCGACGUGGAGGCUAUUCUGCGCUCGGAGCUGCGUCUGGCGUUGAGCGGCCUCGCACGUGGCGUCCGGUCGGUCGAUCGUACCGGGCCCGCCGGUGAGCAAGCACUGAGUAACGGAACCGUCGAUCCGGAGACGCUGAGUGCUCGCGCCGCAGCUCUGGGUGUCGACCCCUCGCAUUCGCUGACCCCCGGUGGACUGCUGCCCGACUUGCGCUCGUUGACCCCCGAACGAUUUCAGGGACUGACGGGGCCGCCGGAUGAAAUGGUGCUGAGCAACAUUCUCGAUACCAUGAACAAGGCGAGCACGACCUCCCCUCGGGCCGCAAGCGGGAGCCGAAGCCCGGUCGGUUCGGGAGGUAGAGAGCGACCGUUGAGCGUGAAAAUGUUCUACGAAGGAGACAGCAAGCUGGACGCGGUCAACCGACGCGUGGACCGCGCGCUUCGCAGUUGCGCAAGUGCGCUGAGCGACGUGUACGCGUCGAGGAUCGGCGGGGAUCCGUGGAAGUGGAGCUACUACAACAGCCGACGGGGAGGCGGCGGGGCGGCCUGGCGCCGCGACCCGUCCUUGAGUCCCACGGGGAUGCUCGCAACGCCCCGAGAAGCUGCUGGCUUUCUAUCGGCACAACAGCGGACACACGCUGCAGCUACAGGAAGUGGCGUAAGUGCCCCACUUUACCGUGGUUCGAGCAGGUCGCCACGGGCGGGAAAUAAUGCAGGACGCUUCACGCCGCCGCUGGCCCCAUUCGGAGAGGUGAUAAGAACGGGCGGCCGCACACCGCCCGCAGUGGCGGGUCGCGUGCCGCUGUUGCCCGGAAGGACAACGGAGCGCGGAGAAGACGCGUUCGGCAAUGCUGCUAACCACACACUCGUGUUUCCGUACCAGUCACACAAAUACAAGAUAUCGACACCGCCGCCAGGCAUGGCCGCUGACAUGGUUUCUAACCGACAUCUAGAGCUUGCACUCGCGAAUCAAGCGCAAGCCCGGGCAGCAGGAGGCACGAGCAAAGACACCGUGGGACCGACUAUGUAUUCGCCGCGUCCGUUCGCAAAUGGCACGGACGAGCUUUGGGCCUGGGGCCCCCGAAGGCUGGGAGGGGACGACUCGUCGAAGAAUCAAAAUGGUGGAACUACGGGAGUUGGUGUUGACAUAAUGACGGCCACCAGCCGUGUUCGUGAUGUCGACCCGACCUCAGCGCCCGGCACCAUUCGGUAUCUGCGGCAGCUGCAUGAGGGAAGUAUGCCACGCGCCACACAGCUCUCGCCCGCCCCGCACCGGCCCCAGACUGGUGGUCCUCCGCCGCCCGCAGGAGGCAGCUCUGCCGCACGACUGUACUUCCCAGACUAUUCCGCAGUGCUUCCAGAAAAUCCUGAACUCAAGCGGAGGCUCCAACAGAACGCCGCGACGCAGCGGGCACUGGACUUGGACAGGCACAGCAUCCUCGAUUUGCACCGUCUUCCGACCGAUCCCGGACUUCUUUCAGGGCUGCAGCAUAAGCACAAGCAUCGCAACGAUGUACGGCUGGCGCGACAAUUCGCAGAAUUAGAGGCACCAAAUAGCGGCCUUUCACAGGCACAAAAUUGGGAACCGCAGCACGUUCCGCUGGCGACGAUAAUGCCGGAGGACGGAUUUGGCAUGGACAGCGCGCGAAGGAGUGAGGAUGUAACGCGCAUGCGGAACUCAAAUUACACUUACGAUAGACAGAAUCGGAACACAGUCGAUGAAGGCGAUUUUGACUUUGUCUGACCAGCCGCUACUGCUUGUUUGGAACACGAACAAGAACCUGGACCUACUAAAAAUCAGAAUCAGCAAUUGCAAUUUAUUCGUCACACGACGGAGGUUCUCGAUCUCCUUCUGGAGUACAAAGAAAUCACUCUCG